AUGACGAUGCCAGAGCCAACCGCCCCCGAUUUGGAUGAGGUGGAAUUCUAUUACUAUGGGAUUGUCCAAUGUCCAAGGCUUGUCGCACGCUCAAGCCCACACGUCUGGGUCCAUCGACAGAACCCUAAUAAUACGAGAAGCUGUUUCUAUCCGGAGCUGCCCUAUUCCUUGUAUCCGAAAACACUUCACACAGUUGGAAGACACCCGCUAUUGCAUCAGCUAUGGAAUGAUGCCGGAUCUUCUCUCAGAAUACAAAUCUUGCAAGCUAUCAAUGGAAUAGAUUGGACUUCUGUUGAUUUUCUGCGUGUCGGCCACAACGGAGAAUAUCAAAUCACGCUUAUGGUAGCUGUCAGGCCAGGCACACUCACUUGGAACUAUGGGCAUACUGUCGCUUUACGAUGCAAAUCUAUUUUGGACGAACACGGUAUUCAUGACGUGCCUUGCGAGAUACUAGAAGCAGUUCUUCACUUCCGCGCCGAAGGGGAGCCGAAGAACUAUCCCACCGUCGACUCUGAAGUCGAGACUGGUUCCGGCUCAACAACGUUGCAACUAUUUUCAGGGCCAGCCUCGACCAAAGACGAAGAUAGAUCGCAUAAAAUCAAGGAUCUCACUGACAGACUUGGUACCCAAAUAGCCACGAGCCAGUUGAAUAAUGGACCUAUAUCUAGUACCAAGGGCCUGUACCUCUCCAUCCGCCCGGCUUGCUCUGGAGACGAACCUCAAGUCGUAGCCUUGGCUUGUAGGCAUCUGAUGAUUGACUCUGAAACAGAGGGGACACAAAAAUACCAAAAAUCUUGGCCCUUCAGGGACGUCAUCCAAAUGGAUCAGCGCACUUGUAUGAGCCAUCUCUGGCAUUUUGAGGAGGAAAGCAAGAGUGACAGCAAAUCUGGCCACGAGUCUUCUGAAGGCGAUCAAACUCAUGCAGCUGCUUCGCCUGCUGGCUUUGGCGACAACGCCAUGGUUCUUGCACACGCCAUGCACUUCUUUAUAGACGCUUCAUCAAGAGUAUUUGGCCGACUCCUAUAUUCGCCGGGAUUUUCGGUCGCAUUUACGAUGGGAUCAGAUUUUUCCGAAUUUACAUGGCUGAGAGACUGGGCUUUAAUCGAAUUACUGCCAAAUAGUCACCGAGCUGCCCUCGGUUCAAUCCAGAAUAUCGUUUAUCUCGGAACGGAGAGUAGUAUUCGUGACUGCAUGCAACGAAAUGGAGAGCAAUACCAGCGGCGACUCAUGGAUCUACAGAAAUCAUUGAUCACAAAUGGCGAAUUGAAGCUCCAGAGAGUCGCGGUUCCUAUGGAAGAAAUCUUCACCUCUCCUGAGACUGAGAGUGUUUAUGAGUCGGGGCUAUUGGUGGGCAAGUACGGAGCAAGCGGACAGUUAUCGUUCGGUCUCGGCAACACCUUGAAGUCCCUCGUUCGCCAUGUUGUGACAUCGGAAACAGGCAGAGAAACAAAAAUAAUGAGUGAAGAAUGGGCGAUUAUCUCAACUACUAUGAAUCACUCCAGACAUUGGGCAGAGAAUCAUCGGCAGGACGCUUUCGCAUGGGUGGGUGAUUUUGGUUCGUGCGUUUGGGAUAUGCAAGGACGCCCUGCCGGAAUCAUAACGGCGGGCAGCAGCGGUUCCCAACCCGCAAUCGAUGGGCACAUCACAUAUGCCCAGCCUCUGGAGCGCUUGCUGAAGGAUGUUAGCUUGGAUGGCUUUGAUGUAGAGCUCGUUUGA